AUGGGCCGUGGGCAGAAAAGGAAGGCAGACUGCGACCUCCCCGAUGCCAGUCCUGAUCAGGAGGUCGUUGCCAAGCUAACGGAGCUUCCACGGCAAACGCUGCUUGCGUUUCGUCGCGAUCUGGCGCUGGAGCCCUUCGACUGUGCUCUCCGAUGUCUGGAUGGCGCUUCGGGCAUGACCGAGCUUUUGCUCGAAGUUCCUCACGAGCGUGUGGCCAAGUCUCUUACCGCGGCUUUGGGCGGCAGCACGUGGUGCUGGAGUUUCAGUUCCACAUCUGCAGCAGUGGACGGCGCUAGAAAAGCGCUGGGCACCAUGCUCGAAGAAGGCCAACAGAAGCUCUUGUCGUCUCUGCGUGGCGGCAGCUCCUUCAGUGCCGCAGUGAAGACGCAUAGCAGCAAGAGAGAUGGCCAGCCGCUGCUACGCCUUGGGAAGACCCGCGUCAUGUGGUUGCUUGGGGCAAAUCCAGAGGAAGGCGACGAUGGAGCCCAAACCCAAAACACUCUGCAGCGCAAGAAGAGGCGAAGAGGCAGACCGGCCAAGGCAGGCAAAGGUGCAGACGCCGCGGCCGCCGCGGAUCACGAGCCAGAGUCGAGUCUUAGCGAGAGCCAGAGUGCAUCCGAAGACAAGAACGAGGCGAACUCAAAGAAAGGAGGUGCUACGCUGGCAUUCCUGGCGAGCUUGCGAGCAAAGCGUGGCAAAAGUGCGGCAUGGUGCAGCAUGAGAGCGUGCCGCAUGGUGCGAGCUGUGGAAGCCUUGCUCUUGGUACACCUGCUGGGAUGCCAUGCCUUGCGGUCCGUCCAUGAGGAAGCUGUCCUCGGAAACCUCAACGUGAGCGACUUCCCUCCGCUCUGUGCUGAAGAGAUCGUCACCAGAAGCUGUAUGUUCAUCAACGGGGAUGACAGAGGCUUGAAGAUCGGCCAGGAGCAGCUUGCCACGGUUCUGUCCAAGACAGCUGAGCAGAUCCGGACUUUGUGGCAUCUCAUUGAGCUCCCGGACGAGCUGGCCAGCUGCGUGGAUGUCUGCAAUGCCAUAACCGAGUACGUCAAGGACUGGCACAUUCUUCCUCCGCGGAGUGAUAUUGCCUGCUACACCAUCGGAAGGAGGUGGUUUUGCGAUGCAGACGUGAGACCCGAGCAACUGAAAAUAUCUGGCCUUGCCGAGGAUGCAGAACUGCCAGACCUUCACGACGAGGAGUCCCAGCCCAUCGCCGGUGCGUCCUCCUACAAGCCCGGGGCUUCGGUAGCCACACCCUGGCAGCUGGUCGAGCGUGUUGCCAACCUCUUCCGCAUCUUCCCAGCGGAAGCACCUGGUAAAGAAGAUGCCUUUGCCCCUAUAGAGCCGGAUAUGUCAGACUGGACCAGCACCGUGCGUGUCAUGAAGAGGUCGGGACAGAUUGCGGAAGCAUUUCUGGGCCUUGCAAUCCGGGCCUUUGAGCAUGGGGCCACAGGGACCGAAAUGCGGACAUGGUUUGGUGCUGGAGAUGAGGCAGUGAAGAGGAAUGUUCGGAUGACUAUGAAUUCGGCGGCUGACAUUCUUUCCAAGUCGCACUUUGUCUACCCCGGCCCUUCGUGCACCGACAAGCAAGUUGCCUACGUCCUUCCAGAUGGACAUGACUGCAAUAGUCUCCAGCUGCACGAAGCCAGCAUCCCCUGCGCUACCCAUUUCCAGAAGUUUGUGAUCUACGUCUGCCCCUUGUUCUUGGCAAAGCCUUCGGAGCAAGUGCUCACAUUGAUACAUGAGGCUUCACAUCAUGCAGUCGCAUUCACGGAGGAUGUUUGCGCAGAUCUGGCCAAACCUCCAGAAGAAAUGGACUGCUCUCCGAAGGGCUACGGGAAGGAGAGCUGCAGAUUGCUCGCCGAGCACAUGCCGGCCAGAGCAUUGAUUAACGCCGACAGCUACUGCUAUUUCGUGCAGGAUGUGGUCAGCCAGAGUGCAUCCUCCGAAUGGGUGCCAGUGUGGUCUCGUCCUUCGGCAUUCGCGCCCUUCACAUGUCCAGCCCUAUCCAUGCCCCGCGGUUCCCUUUGCCGUUGCAAGACUGGCAAUCACUGCUUCGAGGGUGGUGCAGAAGGGUGCCAGCUCGCGUCCAGCACCAGCCUGGUGUAUUCCCUGCCAACAUGCCGAGACUGCCGCUGUGCUCGCUGUCCACUCAAUGCUCGGCUGGUUCCUGGUGGGGUCUGCGAAUGUGAGGAGCAAUUCCAUUGCUCGAGCACAUCUGGCGAUGGAUGUGCUGCAGAUUCGCGCAAGUUCUCCCUUCUUGGCUGUGAGAGCUGCUUCUGCGAGCGGACUCCGCAGAAAACGACGUCGCACUACAAGGCGCAUCGUCGUUGCACCGAGCCAUGCGGCUCUAUGGUUUCAGGCCGAUUGCUCAAAGAAGACCAGUGCGCACGAUGUGUCGGCACGGGGUAUUGCGACAUCUACGACUGCACGUUGGACGUGUGCGCAGGUCACAAAUGCGGAAACUUCGCGUAUUGCCAGCCAUGGGCCGGAAAGCCACAAUGCAGAUGUUUCUCACAGUAUCAGCAGACGGGCAACGACUGCCACCCUAUGAUCGACGACGACUACAGGUGCUGCUUCACGCACUACACGCAGCCGCUGGUACGGGCUGUUUGGGUUCCUCGCGAAUGGCAGUCGACGAUAUGGUGGGUGAAGCAUGUUUGCCCUACUGUCGAAGGCUUCAAAUGGCAUAAGGCACCAACGAGUGAGUGCAAGGGCACGAUCUACAAGCAUCCCGACAACCGUCUGCUCGGUCUUGAGGGGGUGGACAUCUGA